GAUCCAUUAACAGCAACAGAGUUGCCACUAAAUAGCCAAUGAAACAGAAUGACCACAAGACAGAAGAGUAAAAGGAAAAGCAAAAGACAACCACAAAUGAGUCUCAUAUAAGGGUCCCAAAGAAAUGAGAAAAAGUGUGCCAGACCAGAAGACCUGAAAGACCUUCCUCAACAUAGAACCUUCAUCCCAGCCAAGACUUCCACCAUUAGACCUGUGAAACAGAACAAGAUGAAGUUCACUCUGUUUACUGCUAUUUUUUUCUCCAUGGGGUGGAUGAGUAUUGAGGUAUCAGUAGAUGAUGUUCUUCGUCCAGUAAACUGCUGUCUUGUUGUGACAGACAUCAAAAUACCAGUUACAAACAUUGUGGGCUAUUACAUACAAGAGCCAGUGUCGUGUCCUGUCAGAGCUGUAGUGUUCCACACCAGCAAAAAUAAAAAGAUUUGUUCAGAUCCAGAUAACAACUGGGCUAAGAAAGCAAUGAAGAUACUGGAUAGUAGAAUUCAGCUGACAAAGGAACCUUCCAAAGAACCUGCCGUGUGUGAUACAAGUACAGCAAAUGUGAUCCCAACUACACGUACAAUACAAGGAAUCACCACUGAGGGAGAUGGACUUCCAGGAAGUUAUACUAUGACAAGUACCAUAUCAGUUCGUCACAUUCUGUUGCAUCUCUUCAGAGCUUUAAAGUCUCGCAGCAAGAAAGGGCUCCACAAGAUCCAAAUGGGGAUUAAAGAAUGAGCAAGUUAAAUACUCAAAUAUAUAUAUAAAUAUAUUACUUUUCUAUCUAACAGCUUUAAAAAUUCUUGUUUAAAAACUUUUUUAUAUGGUAUACUGAUAUUACCAGUAUGGCUUGAAUGACUUUUAAAUCUGAUAAAUGUGUAAGGUGACUAUAGUGAAAAAAAUUUCAGUCUAAUUGUUUGUCUCUGUUGUGCCAUGUAAAAUCUUUUUGUUCACAUAUUGCAUGGUGACUUGUAUUGUGUGAAUUGUUUUCUUAAUAUACUUAAUUUUAAAAUACAUUUACAGCAACAUGUAAACAUGUUCGUAUUGUUUUUAUAUGUAUGGGGGCUAUCAUAUCAGCUACAGAAUACAUUUUCAAAAACUGGACAGAAUGUGUGUAAAUUUGAUGUUAUACAGUGGCAUCCAGUGCCUGAAAACUUUAUACUGAUGUAGUGUAAAGAUUUGAGUGAAAACUAUUAUUUAAUGCAGCAGUCAGAUCACGUCAAACCCUAACCCCUGACCCUAUACAACUGUGCGAAUAGCAUUGGAUGCAUAUCCUGAUCGGUAGCAGAAUAUAUUUGAAGACAGUUUAUUCCAGGACUCUGCUGAAUAUUUUCAUGUCCAGCUUGCUAAAUAUAAAGGAAGGGGGUUCCUAUAUUGACUGUUCAAUUUUUACUUAUUUACAUAUUUAUUUUACAAAAUAUCAAUGUUUAUACUGCAUACAAACAGAUGGGCCAGCAAUGUCAAGGUCAUGGGUUCAAUUACCUGAAAAUACGUAAACUGACAAAAGGUGUCUGAAAAAAUCUACCAACUGCAUGUUCUGUCAUUUAGACCACUUCACUUUGUUUGAUGAGUUUUAUUCCAGACUGUA